AUGGCGGAGAUGGGUCAGAAUGAACGCAACGUGUCUGCGAAUGCUCUCACGAUCGCAUGCGAGCUUAUACGCGCUUCAAAGGACAAAAAGGCCAAGACCGCAAUCCUUCCCGGCAAGGUAACCGCGUCUCGAUACGUGAUCACAUUGACCGGAGACGAGAAGCGACCUGGGAACGUGAUCCGCGAGGUCGAGGAACCGGAUCUCGAGCGAGAUGUUGGGAUUCUGGACGACUUCACCGACGACGACGCGGUUUGGAGCAAGGACUCAACGGCAUCGGUGGACGAUGAUGAAUCUGUCAACGGUGAAGAGUCGGGCAUAGCUGCUGCGAAACCCGAGAAAAGUAAGGGCAAGGGCAAGAAGGCUGAGCGCACGCAGGACGAGGAUCUCGAAGACCAGGCAAGGAACAGUCAAGUGGUAACCGUGGGCCUGAAGCGCGGUCGCGAUGAGGAUUCCGACAACGGCGAGGGUUCAAGCAAGGCUGCUGCAAAGGUUCUCAAGAAGAGCAAGAAGGACAAGCGAAGGAAGUCUGAGUAA